UUCUCUUCUAUUUCCUUCCCUCCUUCCUUCCUUCCUUCCUUCCUUCACAUUCAAGCUCUGCUUUCUUUUCCCUCUUUCCCCUUUGCAUCGCCCUCUGCCUUCCUCUCCUCCCUCACCCUCCCCUCUCAUCUCUUGUUUCUCAUCUACACCCUUUUCUUAGCAUCUCUCCUCCCCCCCCCCUCCUCGCUCUCUUCCUGCAAGUGCUUGUGUGGGCUCUAGCACGUCUCGUCCAUCUUCCGUACUUGAACCUCUAGUGGCAGAUUUAGGAGCUCUUUCUGCGAAGAUGUUGCCGUUUGAACCGGAAUUGAUGCGAGGUCAGUGUUCUACUUUGUCAUAGCUCCCUCCUCUCUUUGGGUUUCCCCCUUUGGUUUCUUGCCCUUUUGGCUGGAUCAUAUGUAUCAGGAUAUGAGUGAAAUUGCAGAGAGCUCUACGACUCUCCAUUAUCUGCAUGUUUUUAGUGCGAUGACUCUGUGAUAUCACACAGUGCUAAUUGCACAGUAAGUUUAUGAAGUUAGCAUUGCAUUACUUGUUUUGAUUGUAGAUUGAAGUGUUAGCAUUGAUCUACAUCGCUGUGAAGCACAGUCUCUUCCUCUCUUCUUUCAUAUCCAAUCCUCGAAGUUCCUCCAGAAGAUUCGUACUAGUUGAAUCCAGUGGCAUCAGUAACAUUGCAGUCAUCCUUGUGUGACGCUCACAUGAAGUUUACACUAGAGGGUUCACAUAUUGAUAUGAGGAGCUUCGAACGUUCUUAAUCUACUUUGUGAAUUAGUAGUGUUGUUGGUUCCGCCGAAAUAGAGGAGCAUGUUAUGGAAGUCAGUCCGGGUUAUCUCGGUCAAUUCAACAUUUCUGAAUGGUUAGCUGCUGGUCUUGAUGCCAGCAACCGAUUGAGGGCACGUGCACAUGAUCAUGGACAUCGUGCUUUUGAUAUUUUGUGUAAAUAUUGCAUCAUGCACACUGUGAGUUUCAGUCUGGCUUUACAUUUGAACAGGUCAGUAUAUUUCUUUUCUCAGAUACUGCUAGCGCAACCAUUGACUUUAGUUUUUCGUUUCCUUUUCUUUGAGAUGUACGUGACGAGGAGCGCAGUCAGUGUACCAGCAUGUAAGGAGAAGCGGAAGAUUGAAACAUAGUUGCGAAGCCAUGGAGUGGUCAAAAGGCAUUGCUAAGACUCUUGGAUAGGGACUUUAGAAAUUUGGUGAUGUUAUCAAGGUAAUAUCCACUGUAUCAACGAGCAGGGAUAGGCGAAAAGGGGUAUCACUGAAGUGGGACUAGGAGCUACAAUUUGAAUACUGGUUUUAACAGGAAGGAUUCUGAACUACUACGAACUCAACUUUGGAUUUGUGAAUACUCUGCGUUUUAUUUUCUCGGCCCGAGCAUUGUGCGGAAUUAGCGCGAGGGUGCAUCUUGUCGCACAUGCACUUGUGAAAAUCUGGACUUGAAGUUAGUAAGUAAGUGGUGGAGCUCGAGCCAGACUGUAGGAAGUGCUUGAUAUUUUUUGGCGAUGGAGACUAUGUGUGAUUUUUGCGGGGAAGGCCAGGCAACAGUGUACUGCCGAGCGGACUCAGCUCUGCUCUGCCUUUCGUGUGACCGGCACGUACACAGUGCAAAUGCACUGUCGCAGCGUCACUCUCGCACUUUGCUAUGUCAUGGCUGCAACAUACGCCCUGCUGUGGUUCGCUGCACAACCUGUCAAAGUUGUUUUUGUCAAACCUGCGACGACGACACACAUAACUCUUCUGUAAUUUCCGCUCAACACCAGCGGCACGUUUUGGAGUGCUUUACUGGGUGCCCUUCUGCAACUGAGCUUGCAGCUCUGUGGGCUUGCGAUGACCGCAGUGAUGUUGGUGCGACCAUUGCAUCAGACUCCCCUCGGGGGUUGAACAGUCAGUGGGGAGGAAUUUCUGGUUCUACCCCCACCAGGUCGACUGCAGUAAGAGAGAACCAGAUGAGUAGGGCACUAAGGGUGGAAUCCAGUUCAGGAAUUGCUGGCGUUAUUAACAUGUCUAGCGUCGUGCCUCCUCCGCUUGCCAAGAGUUCAGUUCUCACGAGUAAUCCAGAAGUGGGGCAACAAGAACAGGUUAGUGCUGAAAAAGGAAUUUCUCAGCAGCUUCAAGUUCUCCAGGUCCAGGACCUGUCGCGACCUUCCCCGGCGUCAUUGUCGGAUCAACAGGCAAAACGACAAUGCAUGGAAACUCAGACUAGCAUCCAGAAACAGCAAGAGUCUGAGCAGUGUUCACCGAUUCCCGUUCGUGUACACUCGGACCAGCAGUCUGCACAAAAUUCUCAAGGUGAAUCUAGUACUGUAGUUGGUGAUGGCCAGUCGAUGAAGCUGGAGAUUGGACCAAAUGAUAUCGUAAACCAAGGUGGAACGGACUCCUUCUGGCGGAGCAAUGCUUUAACUCAAGCCACUCAGAUGUGGGGACAGAACAUGCAGGACUUGGGAGUGUGUGGAGACGUGGCCGAUCCAUGUGACGAUUUUAGUAUGGCUGAUGUGGAUCUAUUUUUUGACAAUUACGAAGAAAUGUUUUCCAGCGGCACAGCCCCUUCUGGGUCUACGUUUGAAGAAAUGAGCCCACGACGCUCUUCCUUAGGUCAAGACGCCGCAAAUGGUAGCAACGAACAUGCGCGUAUGCAGAGCAUUCCUGAAGCAGAACUCUUCAAACCCAUCAAUCAAGGUACUGCAAGCACAGCCAAUGAUAUCAAGUUCAGGGAGGACAUGGUUAGGCCAGCAGGUCCUGGCCCAGGGCCACCUGAACUUCAUGACAUGGAAGUUUUAAUGGCAAUGAACGACAUGGAUGGAACUUCCUGUAACAUGGGGUCGCAGUUUUCGGCAAGGCCAGCUUUAAUUAGUCGCUCCCUGACAUUUUCUGGACGGAGCGGUGACAGCGGCGACUACCAGGACUGUAAUGCAUCACCUCUGUUUUUCAGCUCCGGAGAGGCUUCUUUGGGCUCGAGGAGUCCAGACAGUAUUUCCAUUACCCAAGCACGUGACUCUGCAAUGCUUCGUUACAAAGAGAAGAGAAAGAAUCGCAGGUUUGACAAAAGGGUUCGGUACGAGUCUCGCAAAGCCCGUGCAGACAUCCGCAAGAGGGUGAAGGGUCGGUUUGUGAAGGCAGGACAAGCCUAUGAUUACGAUCCUUUAGCCACUACACGGAGCUUUUAGGUUGAUCACCCUUCCGAUACGAAUGAACAGCAACAACCAUUUUUGAGAGGUCUGCAUCUCUUUGGGCCCUUGAAAAUGGAAAAAUGUACCCGGAGCAUGCUGUUUCACUAGCUUGUGUGAUACUGAAGGUACAUUAGUGUCUGAUGUUCUGCACAUAGCUGUAGCAGGUUUAGCACAUGGCAGGCAAGUCUAGUUCUUGACAUAAAAGUUGCAUCUUGAAGUUCAUGUCCUUGAGCAAGGCCCUUGCUGACAUGGACCUGCGCACGGGCUCAGUCACUGGUUAGGGUGGGCUGCCGAUUGGGUGUUUCUGUGGACUGUUGAACAUGUUUGGAGUCGUUGGUUGUGUCGCCGGAUGGCCCGCCGUCUGUAGGCUCGAUGUACCAUAUUAAUUAACUUGGGUGUUCUGUCAUCUCUUGGUUUUAGUUCUA